AUGCUCACUCCCCAGGCCCGCGUCGUCUGGGUCUGCACCAGGUGCAUCUCUCGCGUCGGCAAGCCUCGUCAACAGCGCCGCUGGGCGUCGACCGCCGCCGGCGCAGCCCCUGCAAAAUCGGGCACAUCGCCGCCUCUCCACGGCAACCCCGGUACCCGAAACAACGAUGCCGUCCUCCGCGAGCUCUUCGAUGCCCCCUCGGGCAGGGCCUUUGCGGCCUUCAGCCUCAAGAAGAACCAGGGCUUGUUCAAGAAUCGGUUCUUGACGAGCCCCGAUGGCUUCCUCCUGUUUGCCCAGAAGAAUCUCGAGAGGGCCACCAAGAUUGUGCACCGAGUCUUGGCCGCCUCGAGCACGGCCGAGUAUCAGGCCAUCGUCAGGGACCUCGACCGGCUCAGCGACCUGCUGUGUCGCGUUCUCGACCUCUCCGACUUCGUCCGCAUGACGCACCCCGACGUCAGGUUUCAGCAGGCCGCCGCCGCCGCCUGGUCCAUGGUCUAUCAGUACAUGAACCAGCUCAACACCAUGACGGGACUCAACAACCAGCUCGGGGAGGCGCUGUCGCGACCCGACGUGACGGCCGCCUGGUCCGAGGAGGAAAAGAGUGUUGCCGAGCUGCUGAAGCUCGACUUCAUGAAAUCGGCCGUCAAUCUGCCCAAGGAGUCUCGCGACCGCUUCGUCGAUUUAUCCUCUCGCAUCAGCGACAUCGGCUCCGCCUUCGUCCAAGGCAUGGAGCCGGAGACGAAGGAGGUCACCCUCCCGUCCCAUCGCUUCUACGGCCUCUAUCCGGGUCUGGCCGCCACUCUCAAGGUCCGGUCGCAAAUCUCCAUUGCCACCACCGGAUCCGAGGCGGCCGCUGCCCUCCAGAGCGUCUACGACGAGGAGACGCGCAAGGAGAUCUACCUCGCCCAGCGAAAAGCGUCACGGAAAACCAUCAAGCGGCUGGAAAUGAUGCUCAAGCUGAGGUCCGAAUUGGCCAGCCUCGCCGGCUUCGAGAGCCACGGUCACAUGGCGCUCAAGGACAGGAUGAUGGCCAAGUCACCCGCCUCGGUCAUGAAGUUCUUGCUCGCCCUUCGGAAUCACAACGCGCCGACGAUAGAGUAUGAGCUGCGGGAGCUCUUGGAAAAGAAGCGUGAGAGGCUCGCCAUGCCCGACAGCGAACUGCAGCCUUGGGACAGAGACUUUUACAUGGAAAAAAUAAGGACCGACAUGCGGUCCCGCGUCCGUCACGAGGACCAGCUGACCGCCUUCUUUUCCGUCGGCACCGUCAUGCAAGGGCUGUCCCGCCUGUUCGAUCGUCUCUACGGCGUAACCUUUGUCCCGCGAGAGACCCUUCCCGGCGAGACAUGGCACCCGGACGUCAAGCGACUGGACGUCAUGUCCGAUGACGGAGAACCGCUGGCCGUCCUCUACUGCGACCUUUUCUACCGCCCGCAAAAGUCCCCGAAUCCCGCCCACUUCACCGUACGGUGCUCGCGAGAAAUCCUACCCUCCGAGGUCGACGAGGCCGCCGAGGACCUGGCCAGCAUGCCCAUGUUCGACUCGGCCGAGCAGGCCGCCAACGACGGCAUGGAGACGUGGUCGCGAAACGGACAGCUCAAGCAGCUCCCCACCAUCGCACUCGUCUGCGAUUUCCCCAAGAACGACAACGCCCGCGAACCGGCUUUCCUCUCCUACUACUCGGUCGAGACGCUCUUCCACGAAAUGGGCCACGCCAUCCACUCCAUCCUUGCCCGGACCAGCUUCCAAAACGUAUCGGGCACCCGCUGCGCUACCGACUUUGCCGAGCUGCCGUCGACACUCAUGGAGCACUUCGCCGCCGACCCGACGGUCCUUUCUCUCUUUGCCCGCCACUGGAAGACGGAUCGGCCGCUACCCUUCGACCUCGUCCGCGAGCGCAUCAAGGUCUCCAAGCGCUUCGGAGGCAUCGACACGGAGCACCAGAUCCUCCUCGCCAUCGUCGACCAGGCAUACCACGCCCCCGACGUUGCCAGCCCGUCGUUUGACUCGACCCGGACAUUCCACGAGAUCCAACGCGCCUUCGCCCACGGACCGCGCGACCCGCCCGAAACGUGCUGGCAGGGGUUUUUCGGUCAUCUUAACAGCUACGGUAGCACCUAUUACAGCUAUCUCUUCGACCGCGUGCUCGCCGAGCGCGUCUGGCGCGUCGUCUUCGAUGCAGGCAGGGACGGCGCCGCCAUCAGCCGUGAGAAUGGCGAGCGGCUCAAGGAGAACCUGCUCAAGUGGGGAGGGGGAAGGGAUCCCUGGCUGUGCCUCUCCGACACCCUGCAGGAUGAGAGGCUGGCGCCUGGAGACGAAGAAUCGAUGGCACUGGUUGGCAGCUGGGGCAUCAAGGAUGACAAGCUUCGAACCUGA